GUUGUGGCCGUGCGACUGAGACAGCAGGUGGUGCCAGAUGCCAGAUGGAAGCCUGAAAAGCGUGUCGGUGUGAGUGUGCGAGUGUGCCUCUGUGUGUGUCUGUGUGUGCGCGUGUGUGUAUGCAUGCGUGUGCGUUGCAGGCAGAGCAGCUCCCCGUUCCGGCUCCUGUUUUGCUCUCGGCAGCUCACGGACGCAGCCUGAUCCCCUCGGUAGCCUUGUGCCUUCGGCACCGGCCACCAUCUGCAGGACGGCGAGGCCUCUGCCCCGGGUUGGCGUGAGUCCGGCCUGACCGAGCGGUGCAUGUAAACCACCAUCGCCGGGAUUUUCUCCAGGUCUGGGAAAGGAGUGAGGUUCCAGGAUGGUGAAGCUGGGGACUCACCUGAGUGACAAGAACAGCAAACGGCCUUCCGGGGUGGACGGCUUUCAGACGGUCCCUCUGAUCACCCCCUUGGAAGUCAAUCAUCUUCAGUUUCCAGCUCCGGAAAAGGUGAUAGUGAAAACAAGAACAGAAUACCAGCCCGAUCAAAAGAACAAAGGAAAACUCCGGGUGCCGAAAAUUGCUGAAUUCACAGUCAGUUUUACCGAUGGAGUAACAGAAAGAUUAAAGGUUACCAUUCUCAUCAGUCUGGCUCUGGCCUUCCUCGCCUGCAUAGUGUUCCUGGUGGUGUACAAAGCCUUCACUUACGAGCACAGUUGCCCAGAUGGAUUCGUUUAUAAGAAGCGCUGUAUCCCAGCCUCCCUGGCGGCCUAUUCGACAGCUCAGGGCUCCAGCUCCCGGAGCCGGCUCUACACCGUCAUCAGCCACUACAGCCUGGCCAAGCAGACCGGCGCCCGCGCCCUCUCGCCCUGGCUCUCCUCGGGAACCGUCAGCCACGCGGCCCGCGCGACUAAGGCAGAGGACCACUAGAUCCGCACCCCCGACCCCCGUCUCCCCGUCCCCUUACCCCCGCACCGCGGGACGGCCCCGUCGGAAAAGCAGAGCGCCACUUCCCAGGUGGCGCCGCCCUCGCCGGGCGACACAAAAGUAAAAGCCCAAACUAAAGUACAGGAGUUAUUUUCAAUCUAUUUACUUUUGUGCAUUGUUCUUGUCGAUUUGUAACCGAGUCCAGCUCUUGUACAAAGGCAUGUUCGAUGUUGGUCGUUACGAUGUAAAGAUAUUUUUUAAAUCA